GUGACGUCAAGUGUUUUGGUCACCUAGUUUAAUGGUUCGCGUUACAUUUGAAACGGAAUUUCAACUUUAUUAUAUGCGUAUAGAAAAUAUAUAUUGCUCGUGGCAAUUUUUAUUACUAUGAACGCCAGUUAUUUAGAUAUCGAUUGGUCUCCAUAUAUGGACAGUUGCAAAUUAUAGUCUUUUCAGGCAUGUCAUUGGACACUCACCUGAAUGGGAAAUGGGUAUUUGGGGCAAGUAACUAGCUUCAUUUAAAAAAGGUAACUCAAACCCCCCACCCCGAAUAUAAAGACAUCCUUCGAAGUGAAUCUUUAAUUCAGGAAAUUUACAAAUUGCCACUGAAAGGUUGACAUUCUGUCAGGCAUAUCUUUGACCACUCCCACGUCUACCCACCGGAUUAAGAACGUCUUGUUUAGACAUACAGUAUGGGCUGCAUUACCCGAUCUUGCGUGUACUAUUCAAACCCAUUUUGACGUUAUUUAUUUGAGUUAUUGUCUUAAAAAAUAUUGUAUAGCCAUUUUAAGCCUAAUCUGCUACAUAAGCACAAAUGGAAGAAUCUCACUUGAGAGAAUACUUUUUGUCAGGCAUGAUUGGACACUUGCACAGCACAAGAGGGUCCUGACGAUUGUCCUGAUGUCAUGUGUUUGGCUCCGUACGAGCUACAUUUAUGCAGUACACCUGUACAUUACACGCAUGUGAACAUUUUUUGGCGUCAAACAAGAUGUCGACGCCGCUUUCGAAGCCCCAAAUCAUCGCGCACGUCCAAAAGAGUUUGAACUACACGAUAUUUGACUGCAAAUGGAUCCCGUGCAGUUCCAAAUUCGUGUGUCUCGGCAACUUUCCGAGGGGAACCGGAGUGAUGCAAAUCUACGAAAUGCAGCACGGAGAGGCUCAACUUAUCAAAGAGGUGGAGAAAGCCAAGCCCAUAAAGUGUGGUACAUUUGGGGCCUCAUCUCUUUGCCAAAGACACCUAGCAACGGGGGACUUUGACGGGCGUCUAAACAUUUGGAACCUGGAGGAGACCGACUUGCCAGUGUACUCGGUCAAGGCCCACAAAGAGAUCGUCAACUGCAUAGACGCCGUCGGCGGUCUCGGCAUCGGCGACGGUGCGCCCGAGAUCGUCACCGGAAGCCGAGACGGUACAGUGAAAGUGUGGGAUCCUCGGCAGCGAGACUCGCCCGUAGCCAAUAUGCAGCCGGUAGAAGGAGACGCCAAGAGGGACUGCUGGACGGUUGCCUUUGGCCACGCCUUCAACGAUCAGGACCGCUGCGUGUGCGCCGGAUACGAUAAUGGCGACAUCAAACUGUUUGACCUGCGCAACAUGUCUCUGCGCUGGGAGACCAAUAUCAAGAACGGGGUGUGCAGCGUGGAGUUCGACAGAAAGGACAUCAACAUGAACAAGAUGGUGGCCACCUCGCUGGAGGGGAAGUUCCACGUGUUUGACAUGCGCACUCAGCACCCCACUAAGGGUUUCGCCUCUGUCUCUGAAAAGGCUCACAAAUCGACCAUCUGGCAGGUGAGACAUUUACCUCAGAACCGCGAGAUCUUUCUGACGGCCGGCGGCUCGGGCAGCAUUCAUCUGUGGAAAUACGAAUACCCGGCCCAGCGCAGUAGGAAAGACCCGGACGGCAACAGCGUCGGCGUGGCGGGCUCGGUCAGCCUUCUGCAGAACGUCACGCUGUCCACGCAGCCCGUGGCCAGCCUGGACUGGAGCCCCGACAAGCAGGGCCUUUGCGUGUGCGCUUCCUUUGACCAGACGGUGCGGGUGCUCAUUGUCACCAAACUCAACACGGUGUGAAAACCAGGCUCGGAUGUUUUUACCCAACCUCUGUUAGCAAAAGUGGAACUUUUGGGAUGGAAAGUGGCUUUUUUAUUUGCUGAAACUCAACCACAAUGUUGCCUUCAAUACUAAAAGAUUUUUAAAUUAGGAUGUUUAAAAAAAACAACUGAAAAUAAGAUAUUAUGGAUGCUUGUCUAUGUUUGUCUUCAGAGUAAUGUUUCCUACAAUUAAAUGGAAUUUAAAGGGGCUAACUGGAUAUGACAAAUUUACUAUGAACUACUUGAAAUGAUGCACAUAGCACAGUUAUUUGCUCUUUCAUAUAUUUUUAUUGGUGAUAAGCAAGUUUAAAGUGGGCCAGGGUCCCCUGGAGCAAAGCUCCGUUAUCUUGGAGUCGAGCUCCGCCUCAUUAGUCAAAUA